GAAGAAUAAAAAAGAAAAGGAAGUGAAGAAGUAAGGAAGCGGUGGGGCUGCAGAUAUCUGCUGUUCUGAGAGUCUGUCUGCGUGAACAGCCUUUUACUACUGUCCUCACAAUGUCGAAAAACACAGUGUCCGACCGCUUCAGGAAAGUGGACGUAGAUGAAUACGACGAGAACAAGUUUGUGGACGAGGAGGACGGAGGAGAGAACCAGGGUGGUCCGGACGAAGCAGAAGUCGACGGUCUGCUCAGACAGGGGAACACGAAUGGUGCUCUCCAUGCUGUGCUGAAGAACCCUCCAAUCAACACCAAGAACCAGAACGCCAAGGAGCGAGCAGAGCUGCUGGUGGUCAAAGUGCUGAGCAGUUUUAAGAGCAGUGACAUAGAGAAAGCUGUUGGGUCACUGGACAAAGCAGGAGUGGACCUGCUGAUGAAAUACAUCUACAGAGGCUUCGAGAAACCGUCUGACAACAGCAGCGCUGUGCUGCUCCAGUGGCAUGAAAAGGCUCUGGCAGUGGGAGGGGUGGGCUCCAUAGUUAGAGUCCUGACUGCCAGGAAGACUGUCUGAUCGUCCAGCACCCAACAGAGUCCAUCUGUAAACGACGUUAGUCAAUAAUCUGGCCAAACACAAAGUCACCGGAGCUGAUGACUGAGACAAGCCUCUUCUUUUUCUGCUUUUGGAUACGAUCCCGUUUUGUUUUUGUACUGGAACUGGGUGUCUUCCUGAUGCAGCUCUUUCCUCUUUUUUUUUUCCCUGCAUUUACUAUUUUCAAUCACACCUCUGGGAUUUGGAAGUGCUGGCAGUCAGGCAGGGAGGUGCUGGCACCUCACACUGUCUGUGUUUGCCAGCCAUGCAGAACGAAGACACAUUUCAGACGCGUCACUCAGACACACUCUGUCCAAAGCAGCUCCUCGCUCCUUUCAAACUGCUUCACAGCUGCUCUGAUGCCUCUGCUGGCUCCCUGUAACAUCUCUCCUCUUCUCUCCUCCUCCUCCUUCCUCUCUGAAGCCUCUGAGUCAUCCAGGUUGAGGAAAUGGAAAAGAUUGUUCUUGGGUGGACUGUCAUAGACUGGUGACCUGUCCAGGGUGUUUCCCUGCCUUUGGCCCAGUGCAUGCUGGGUUCUUUUUCCCCCCUAACGUUUUAACUUCUGAACAUCUUUGUUCAUUUACUUUUUUUUCUACUUAGACCAAUUCCACAUUGCUUAUAUUGUUUCUUUUUAUAUCUGAAAUAAAGAACAAAAAUAAUGUGCUAAAUCUGAA